AUGAAGCUGUUUCCAGUGCACGAUAGAGUCAUCCUGGUAGAGAAGGAGCUAGACUUUGCCACUAACGUGCUGGAGAACGUUGAGGACCCCAGUCUGUCCAAGCUGCUCUCAAGGCCGCUAGAAAUCCUGACGCAGAUCAGAGGGGACCUGAGGGACUGCACCAGACAAACUCAUUCUCAUCGACACUCCAGGAGGCUGAACAAUUGGCUCCAAAAUUUCCAUGAGAGCAAAGAGAUGGAAACACCUGGCUGCCUGGAAGCAUCUGUGAUCCUCAAUCUCUUCCGGCUGCUGAACGAAGACUUGAGAUGCGCAGCCUACAUGGAGCUCUGUGUGUAGCCAUCUGGUCUC